AUGAGCGCAGAUCACCCAACACCCGAAGUUCUCCCCACUGCUCCUUCCUGCUACUUCAGCAUCCUGCCGGCCGUCCACUUCUCUCUCGAGACUCCCUCUCACAGCCCCAUCUCCGACUACCAACCCUACACUCCCUCGGACCCCACCCAUCCGCUGCUGGCCUUCCGCCCAGCACCACCUCUCUACAUGACGAGCCCUUCAGACGCAUCGCGUCUUCUGCAGCUGCAAACCCAGGCCGCCCACCGCCCGGCCCCUGAGCCCAUCCAGCAACAGCGCACCUCGAGCACCUCAUCUUCCAGCUCAAACAGCUCCACCUUCAGCAUGGGUCUUGGCUCACCCUCAACUCUCUCCUGCUGCCGCUGUCGCCGCGAGUGCCUGGCGAACAUGUACCAGAUCGGCACCAACCGCUACUACUGCAGCCACUGCGCACGGAUGACCGGCUACAGCGCUGGCUGA